ACCGGGGGUAAACAAAAAUUUUCGCGACGCGCCUGGAUUUCUGCUAGAAAUCCCCGUAAUUCCCCUAAUUGCGUACUUCUGAGUUCAGUUAGUAUAUUUAUGACGUUCACUAAAAGUGAUGUACAACUACAAGAAAGGAUAUCAGAUUUUGGUUUCCCGUGAAUUUCAAGAAUAAAAACAUUUCCAAUAUGACUGACACUUCUAACCCAGUUGCGGCAAAUAACAACUCAGCUGCUGGCGUUGGUACGAAUCGUAUGAACAACAUUCAAAAAAUUCAACUGCGGAAGCAGCAGGUUCGUGAAUGGCCACAUCCUAAGAAAUUGGAAAAGCUAGCUGUUUAUUCAAGUUGCAAGUUUGAUGAAAAUUGCAAAUGCAAUGGAUGGAAAAAUCCUACUACACCACCAAAUGUCAACAAUACAGGAAUAAAUGUGGUUCUUCCAUCAGCAAAUUUAACUGAUCCAUGCCGCAGUUGUUCACAUAACCUUUCAGAUCAUGUAUCUCACUUGAUAAAUUCCAGUAAUGAAGAACUAAACCAACUUUUAAGUCUGGUAGUGGACAUAGAAAAUUUAUUUGUCUGUGUUAACAAGGAAGAAGAUCCAGACAACAAACAAGUCUACUUUUGCCUUUUUAAACUCUUGAGGAAAUGUAUAAUGCAGAUGACAAAACCAGUUGUAGAAGGGCCUUUAGGCUCUCCACCCUUUGAAAAACUAAGUAUUAGCAAGGGUGUUACUAAUUUUGUCAUGUUCAAAUACAGUCAACAAAUCCCCAAGGAGUUUCAAAAAAUGUGUGAUCUUGCCAAAAUGUUUAUCCACUGUUUAAAUCACUGGAAAUUGGAAACCCCUACUCAGUGGAAACAACAUUAUCCACAAGCUGACCUCUCCGUGUAUCGAAUUAGUUACACGAGGUGGUUAUGCUAUUGCAAUGUUCCGAGCUAUUGCGACUCCCUACCGCAAUAUGAAACUAGUGCUAUUUUUGGUCGGUCCUUUCUUCGACUGGUCUAUUCCACCGUGCAGCGACAGCUCAUGGAUCGUUUCUUAGCCGAGAAAGACCGACUGCCACCCGAACGACGGGAUAUGAUCAUAAAUAAUUUUCCGAAGUUCUUGGCAGACAUGGAAAUGGAACUAGGAAAUGAUGCAUCGCCUGUGUGGGAUCCGUCGUAUGUUCAUCGACUCCCAAAUCAACAGGAGAACAUCAAAGAGGAAAAUGUAACCCAGUCCAGCAACGAAGCAACCUUCCAUCGUUUGACAAACAGCGGGAUUGUCAGAUCAAUUUCCAAAGAUGUAGAAAAGAACUUGUUAAAGCGGCAAGUUGACAGCGAACCUAGUGUGGAAGGUGAUGCGAAAAGGGUACGUUUGGAUCAUGACAUAUCUGAAGAAACUGUCGCCACAAUUCUUGCCGUAAUUAAUGACCCCAAAAAGAUGCUUGGUCCCGAAAGCGUCUUCCCAGAAAAUGCACCAAGAGACGAAGCGGCAAAACAGGAAGAACGUCGUGGUUUGAUAUCCUUUCACGUAGUGGGAAAUUCUCUUACUCAGACCGUAUCCAAACAAACCAUGUCAUGGUUGGUUGGGUUACAAAAUGUUUUUUCGCAUCAAUUACCACGAAUGCCGAAAGAAUACAUCACACGGUUGGUUUUCGAUUGCAAGCAUCGGACUUUGGCGUUGAUCAAAGAUGGUCGACCAAUCGGUGGUAUCUGUUUUCGAAUGUUCCCCAUCCAAGGUUUCACCGAGAUCGUAUUCUGUGCCGUUACCUCCUCAGAGCAGGUUAAAGGGUACGGAACUCACUUGAUGAAUCACAUUAAGGAUUACCAUAUCAAACACAAUGUACUUCACUUUCUUACCUUUGCCGACGAAUACGCCAUUGGUUAUUUCAAGAAACAAGGGUUUAGUAAAGAAAUAAAGCUUCCAAAGUCCGUUUAUAACGGUUACAUCAAGGACUACGAAGGAGCAACUCUAAUGGGAUGCGAGUUAAAUCCCCGUAUUAUUUACACAGAGUUUACCGCAAUCAUUCGAAAGCAGAAAGAGAUUGUCAAACAUCUAAUUGAAAUGAAGCAGCAAGAAAUUAGCCAAGUUCAUCCAGGUCUCAAUUGCUUUAAAGAUGGUGUUCGAGAGAUUCCUAUUGACAGUAUUCCCGGACUGAAAUUGACGGGCUGGCGACCAUCCAAUGGCUACGGAUCUAAGCGUCUAAUCGAAGAGACUUUUGAUGCAGAGCAAUUAUAUCAAGCUUUACGUUCGGUUCUCAAUCAGGUGAGAAGUCAUGCCUCUUCCUGGCCCUUCUUGAAACCUGUUGAUCGAGCGGAAGUACCAGAUUAUUACGACCACAUCAAAUUUCCGAUGGAUUUGAAGACCAUGGGGGAUCGAUUAAAAAAUCGUUACUACAUCCAUCGGAAGCUCUUCAUGGCGGACAUUUCACGCAUGUUUUCCAAUUGUCGCCACUAUAAUGAGGCUGACACGGAAUAUUGCAAGUGCGCCAACGCACUCGAAAAAUACUAUAUAGCGAAAAUGAAAGAUGCUGGGCUUUGGGAUAAAUGAAGCUGACGUUCGAAUAAGAAGUUAAAUGUUGACACAAGUAUUUAUAUUACAUGCACUCAAUCGACGACAAAUAAAAUAAAUAUCAAGCAA